UUUAAAUACUACUCGGUAUAUAUAUAUAUAUAUUUAUAUAUAUGUAUAUAUUUUUCAAAGAAUGGUACUUUUUGAAAAGCAUGAGUUAAUUGGGAAGCCAUUUUGUUUCUUGAACCAGUAAGGUAACAAUUGACUCUUUAAAGUAUAAUCAACUUCAUUUGGUAAAAUUUUAACAAAUAAAAAAGGUUACUACUGUAUCGAUUUUUAUGACAGAGGCAAAUAUAAAUUAUUGAAUAUGCGACGCGAUCUAUCUGACGAAGUUAAUGAAUUCAAUUUCUAUUCAAUAAAAAGUAAUAUUGAGAUAGUUGAAUGCCAGCCAAUUUUUUGUACAUUGAUAGAGCUUGUAAAAAUUGGCGAUUUGGCAACGUCAAAGCAUCUUUUGAGUAAUGAAACUAUAAAUAAUAAAGAAGAUUUAUAUCUUGUAUGUAGUGAAGAAGCAAUUACGUCAAAUCAAAAAGACAUGUUUAUUUUCUACGUACAUAAAAGGGUUUCACUUUUCGAAAGACAACGCCGAUUUAGAAAACAUAUCGAUAGUCUUGAUCAUUUCUUUGACAAAAUGGCUUCCGAACUGAUAGAGAGAGGGAAGGCAUCAUGGUUAAAAUUUUUACGUGUUGCUCUGGGACAACAUCUUAGUAGACGUAAUCCCGAAAAUUUAGAAAAACAACUACAAAUCGCCGUCUCUAAUAACCAAAGAUCCUGUUUUGAUUUGCUAUUGAAUGAAUGUAACGGAAUAUUUGGGAAAGAUACUUACGGUAUCAUUUUAAGAAGUGGAUUCUGCGAUAAGCUUAAAAUUUUAAAAGAUAUCAUAUCUUCCGUAUUGUUUUAUCAUUCUAAAGUUAUCUCUAAAAUAGUCUAUUUAUGCCUUAAAGCAAACACUUGUUUGGAUGACAUAAAAUCAAUUAUACCAUUCGAUAGAUUGAGCAACGAAACCGUUCAAAGCCUAUGUUGUAUUGCAAUAUCUUUGAAUAGAUUCGAUUUUUUCAAAUAUUGCAUAAUUGAGAAAAAAUGCGAUCUAUCCGACGAUUUAAUCCACAAUACGUUAAAUCUAUCAAGCGAAUUGCAAUUUUUCGAUCGUUUCCCGAGAAGAUACAAAAAGUACUUUGAAAGAAAAUUGAUUUUGAAGAAAGAUACACUAGGAUUAGAAGAGCUAAAAAUUCUAACAAAUCCACCUAUUUUACUUUCUCUUAUGAAAACUAAAGAAUUUGAUGAUUGGCAAUAUUUAAAAAAUAUUAUCUUCAAAUAUUUGUUUGUCAGGGAAGGAAUAAUCUUAGAUUCGAAGGUGUCUUGGGAAAGGAAACGGCAGAGUUUGGAAAUAUUUUGCAUAUUGAUCCAUUAUAGUGAAAACAAACAGGGAUUACAACAACAGGACGUUGAUUCGGCAAUCAACUCGAUCAUUCAAGCCUCGAAUAAUUCAUACAGGAGAUCAUUUGUAAAGUAUUGUGCAAGAUUAAUUGCAACGCUAUAUCGGUAUGGUUACGGCUUACACGAAAUAGCCAAUAGUUUCGUCUAUAGGUACUAUUUCCUAAUUGAAGAUGCACAUCAGCUACUAUUCAAGACAGUUCUUGCGGGAUGCUCCCAAAAGAAUUACAAUUUAUUAAUGGAAUCUCAUACCACUUGUUUUACGGUUAUGCCAUUGUGGAAAAUGUGCAGAAUAGUAGUUAGGAAUGCAAUUCGUAAGCCUUAUACUAAAAAUCUAAAUCAUAUGAUGAAAAUGGAGAAUCUACCAUUUUUUAUUGAAAAACUCAUGAACUUUGAAAAGGAAAUGGAAAGUAUAGACAUUCAAAUUAUAGAUUUUUCAAUUAUCAACGAUAUUGUUCACAUUUAUAACUUGUAAAAUUUUUUUGAAUGAAGAUUAUUUCUAUAUUAUUCUAUACAAACAAGUAAACAACCGUAAAGAGCUUGUGUUUCCAUUUGUUCUAGAAAUUCUCUUAUUAUUUCGAUUAAGCGUGAAGAGUCUUACAGUUGAUUAAAUUCUUAUUGAAACUGUUAUUAAGCUAA